CUCAGUUGUCCCGUUACGAGAGAGUACUCAACCGCUCGCCCUUUGCCAGGAGAGGGGAUUGCAUGCGACUCACGAUGUCUGCCUCGUCUCCUCGAGGUUCGAGGUGCACAACGAUCUGGUACGUGCGCAACGAUCUGGAAGGUGCGCAACGACCCAGAUCCCUGAUUAGAAGGAUUUGGUCCGCACUCCACACUGCCAGAGCGAUGCGCCGGAACCGGGCCGAACAGCCAACGCUCGUACCUUGCACACACCCAGACAGCCUGUCCGCCCAUCCGGCUGAGUCAGAAAACAAGCGCGAGACGGUUUCCGAGAUCGUCUUCUGACCCAGAUUUUUGGGAAACCGAAGACAUCCGACACAGUAAGCCACGUCUUUUGUUUUGACACGUGGGGGAAGGGCCCGGGACAAGGGGCCAGGUCAGAUUUCCGGAUGAAAUUACCGGUGGUAUUUUCCGUCA